UCCCAGUUUCACUUGCCAGUUGACCAGUCAAGCCCUUGAUUGACCGAAGUCUACAGCUCCAUUCCUGAGAAUUGAAAUGAUCUCUCCUGUCCGACCCACUUCACUGGUAGCUUCACUACCAUCUUCAGUUCCUGACGGUAAUGGGCACAGAAAUUCUAGAAUUAGAGAUGACACUCCUGCCACUACAGAUGUCAUUAGAGAUCGAAAGGUCAGAAUCUCAGAUGGAGCUUCUCUCUACGCACUUUGUCGAUCAUGGUUGAAAAAUGGAGUUCAUGAGGAAAUUCAGCCACAAUAUGGAGACGGUUUGAAGUCUCUUCCAAGACCUUUGCCUGCACAUGUAGCGGACGACAAUUUGCCAAUCAAGAAGGAAAGGGAAGAAGAGGAAAGUGAGGAGGAGGGUGAGGUAUCUGUUGAUCAUUUAUCAACUGAAGAUCUUCUAAAAAGGCAUAUCAAGCGUGCUAAAAAGGUUAGAGCACGGUUGAGGGAAGAACGGUUAAAACGAAUUGCUAGAUACAAAAGCAGGCUUGCUCUUCUUCUGCCACCAUUUGUGGAACAGUGCCGAAAUGAUUAUGUUUGAAUCAUUGUGCAGCCUCAAGAAAGAUAGGGUACUUCAUUCAAGAGCUAGAGACAGUGCUUUGAAGAACUGAGUUUCUGAGUUCUAAUUUCAUAUUAUAUCGAAGUCUGAUGAUGAAAAGUUGAAAAUUGGAAGCUUCAAACUAGGCGUUUACAUUGAAAACCUUGAGCCAUUUGUUACCAUAGUAUUUUUCUUUCAAACCCUUAAUAUAUUAGGGUUUCAAAAUCAAUAUUCGGGGUUUUAAUACAAAUAAUUACAUGAUAUUCUUUGCA